CUCAUGAGAAUGACGUCAUCGCUCGGACCGAGCCGUGACCUGCUGCUCUGGCUAUGCUAGGGGUCCGUACAACAGAUGUUCCGCCAACAGUAGAGUAAAUAGCCGUUCUUUUUUUAAAUGUAACGUAUCACAUUACAAUGCUUUUGUCCUCAUUGCGGUGAUACUCGGGAGAGGCGUUCGGUAUUUAGUAGCGCAUGUUUAUCAUUUAAGUUUCCCCCAGCUAGCUGACUAGCUAACUUAAGCUUGUUUUCCAGCUAACCAAAAGUGAAAGAGAAAUCGGAGCUGCAUGGUUGCACGCUUGCGGAGUUUGUCUCUAAAUAAACUGAGGUAUCAUCACUAUAACAAGACUACAUAUGGUUGCUCCUGGCUUUAGCAGCAGCUGGACCCCCCCCAUCAUGGCCUCCUGAGAUCCCCAGGCUUCAGCGACGCCUCAGGUCGCUUGGGGUUGUUUUGGACCCGAGGUCAGUGUCCAGACUACGACCUGUCUGACCUCCCAACAGAGGGAGCGAGCAGAUGGGGAACUGUUGCUGUCGCACUGAGAGUCCCUGUGGCAGCGCGGAGGAAACGAGCGGGUUACUGAAAGAUGACUCCAAGGCCACGACGCCCGCAGGAGAAACACUUGUGGGGGGGUCCUGUGGUCCUGAAGGAGAUGACAACAUCAAGACAAUGCUUGAUGAGGAUACGAUAGAGCCGAAAGAGGCUGUGAAAGUGAAAAAAAGUGUCCCGGUCGUUGUGGAGAAAGAGCCCAAUAACACUCAGGAGAAUGGAGCCUUUCAGAAAGAGGUCAUACAGAAAGCAUCACCCUCUCCAAGAAAAGGCUCUGAACUAAAAGAGAACUCCACCGCAGUGAAAGAUGAAGUUAUAAAGGACAGUCCUGCAGACGGUGGACAGGCUGAACCCAUGCAAUGCACUUUAAUCUCUCCGCAGAGAGAAUAUGCCACCGCAACAAAUGUGGCACCAGAAGAAGAAAAUCCAGCCUCGGCGCACGACAAAAUCCCUGACAGCGGCUCAGUAAUAACUGAGGCGGUCUGCCCUGAGACAAACACAACAGAGCACAUCACAUCAGACACUACUCAAGAUAAUGAAGAAGAAGAAGCAGGCUCCACAGUCACUACUGAAAGCAGUGCUGUAGCAGAGCCAUCGGAGGAGCUCUCUCCAAACAAUGAGGGUCUCUCUGAGCCAAACCCUCCGCCCACUGCAGCGGCCGGGCAGAUGGCGGUCAGACAGCAGGGUGACAAACAGCCUGCGAGCUGUGCCCUGCCCGAGGGUCCAGAGAACAGCAGCUCUUCAGCGUGCGAGGAGGCGGGACCUGAAGACACAAACAGCCCUGCGUCCUGUGAGUCCUCUCCUGGAUCAGAGCCCUCAGAACCGGACCACAGUGAGGAGGAGCAGGAGGCCUCCAGCUGUGUCAGGGAGCCAGAGACCACAGAGACCACAGAGACCACAGCGCCAGCAGACGCCAGACACAGCUUAAAUUCCGAUCAGGAUGCACAGGCAGAUCCUGAAUGCUCAAAGGAGGUCCCUUCCUUGGAGAACUUUGAACAGGAUAUUGAGGAGGAAAUGUUGCUGAAAGGACAAGAUGAAAAUGGAGAUGUUCCCAGAGUGGAGGAGGAGGAGGAGGAGGAGGAGGAGGAGGAAGAUAAGAUGAAGGUGGAAGAUGCUCUGACAGAGGCUGAGGAAGAUGCUGAGAUCCAGGAGGUGACAGGAGAGGAGAAACAGCUGGCAGAGAGCACAGCUGAUGUGAAGGCUGAGGAUGAGACCCCUGUCCCAGAGAAGGGGGACUCUGCUGGAGACGGCCUGGAGAACAGUGAAGAAGACCUGUACAGAGGAGCCGAGGAGCUGUCAGAAUCACAGACAAAUCAACCAGAAAGUACAAUCUUCAAGGUGGAGGACAGAUGCAGUUUGGCACCAGCGGUGGAUAUUCUGUCGUACAGUGAGAGAGAGUGGAAAGGAAACACUGCCAAAAGCGCUCUCAUUAGAAAGGGUUAUAAGGAGAUGUCCCAGAGCUUCAGCAGCUUGAGGAGAGUGAGGGGAGACAACUACUGCGCCCUCAGAGCCACCCUGUUCCAGGUGCUGUCCCAUAGCACCCAGCUGCCCCAGUGGCUGCAGGAGGAGGACGCUCACAUGCUGCCGAAGCGCCUUGAGACCCAGGAAGGUCUGAUAAGCCAGUGGACAUUUCCUGGAGACUGCCUGCAGGGAGAUGGGACGGGAGAUGCUACCCUGCAGCUAAAAGGCUACAUGGAGCUUCUGAGGGAUACGUGGCAGGCAGCCUUGGACUGCCCCUCUGCUGUGGAGCGGCAGCAGCUCUGUGAGCGGGUGUUUCAGGGUGGAGAAGAGGAGCUGGGGCUGAUGGAGGCGCUGAAGCUGCUGAUGCUGGGCCAGGCGGUGGAGCUGCACCGCUGCAUGCAGGGCGAGGGGGAAGUCCCGCUCUUCUGCUGGCUGCUGUUCGCCCGCGACUCCUCCGACUGCCCCCGCUCCUUCCUCUGCAACCACCUCGGACACGUGGGCCUCAGCGCCGGGCUGGAGCAGGUGGAAAUGUUCCUGCUGGGCUACGCCUUGCAGUGCACCAUCCAAGUUUACAGACUGUACAAGGUCGACACGGAGGAGUUUGUCACCUACUACCCAGACGACCAUAAGGUCGACUGGCCGUGUGUGUGCCUCGUCACCGAGGACGACCGCCACUACAACGUGCCAGUUGUAGAAGCUGCGGAAGAACUACACGAGCCGCUCAACUCGAGCUGAUCGCCACUGCAGAGAAAUCUCCUGCCAUAUAAACAAAGCACUCCUCAGGUCGAUCCAGAUUAUUACUUUUACGCCAAUUAAAGAAAUAGUUUGACAUGUUGGGACAUGUGCUUUUUGGCUGAGAGUGGGACCGAUCAAUACCACUCUUGUCAUGUCUGUUGAGUAUGAAGCUACAGCAAGCAGCAGAUUAGUUUAGCAUAAAGACUGCAAACAGUUGGAAACAGCUAUCCUGGUUCUGUCUGAAGACAGAACCAGGAUAGCCUGUUGUUGUUUCAUAUUAGACAUGCAGACUUAAGAGUGGUAUCAAUCUGUAUAUUUAACUCGCAGCAGAAAAGCAUGUGUUUUUUUCCCCAAAAUGUCACUUUAUUCCUUUAAACAAAGAUAUGCUGAUUUGAGACCCUGUGCAAGAUGUGGUUUACACAUUUUUGUACACACUGUACUGUAUACAGUUUUCUAUUUGAGUAUGUGUACGUAUCUGUGCAUCUGAUUUUACAAGAUCAUCUCAGUGAGAUCCAAAUUAGUUUGGAGGGUGUUAUUUUGAGGUGGGGGGGUAAAAAAAACCCAUGUUUUGUUUUACAUUUUUUUUUCUCUGUUACAUUGUGAUCAAAACACAACAGAGCUGCCAACAGCGCCAAAAGAUUAAAUGGAUGGGGUUCACACUGGAAUUUGGGCACUUUAAGUUGCAUAUUAAUUUAUUAUUUUUCCAUUUUGUACUAAGUGAAAUGAGUGAAGAGCGUUUGAUGACUUAUCAGGUUUAACAACAGCUCACACCCGACUGGUGGAUUUAUAGGAAUAUUUAUCACGACCUCUGCGUCAGAGGCGUGAUUUGUGAUGGUCUGUGUGUGUGUCGAACUAAAUGUGUAACAUGUUGCCUUUUAACCAAGCUGUUCUGAAGGGAAAAACUUGCCAAAGUUGCUGCAAAUACUGGCAACAGUCCCACCCACCAGCCACUGGAUUCAGUUUGAAGCUCGCUUGGUCCGCCAUGUUGCCUUAGGAAUAAUGCACAAUAAGAAUGAAUGUUGGUUAUUACUGAUAAGAGGCCAUUUUCUCGCCCUUAUUCCAGAGCAGGUGAAGGUGAUCUGUUUGCAGUAAACAUUGAUUAUGCCAUUUUGCAGGAAUGUUUUCUCUGUUUAUGGAUGGCAUUUAGAUUCAACUAAAGUACAAUUUUUGUAAAAAGUCUUUUUUUCUCCUUAUGAUUUAAUCAGCUUGUUGAAGCCUUGCCUAAUUUUGUGAGAAAUUUGAACAGAAGUCUAAGAAGUACCAUACAGAAAAUAACAUUAAGUUUGUUUGGGGUCUCUGUUUAUCAUGGUUGAAUACAAUGAAUUUUCCUAUGCUCUAAAACUGA